AUGGCAUUUAAAAUUCACUCAAAAAUGGCAGAUGAACUUUCAAAUUUGCAAUGUCAGAAAAUAAGUGUCAAAGAUAAUGUUGUUCGCCAAAAAUAUAUUUGUAGGUAUGCGGCCAGAAUGUUUCCUUUUACCACGUCUCACAAUAUCAUUCUGGAGAAGCAUGUCUACAAAACCCCAAAAAAAAUCCGAAGCUAAGGCACCACAUCUGAAGACGUUCAAAAUUUACCGUUACGAUCCUCAAGACAAGAAGAAGAAAGGCCAUAUGCAGAAAUACACCAUCAAUCUCAAUGAUUGUAGGCCGAUGGUACUAGACGCUCUUUUGAAAAUCAAAACAGAGCAAGACUCCUCGUUAUCCUUUAGAAGAUCUUGCAGAGAAGGAAUAUGUGGGUCUUGUGGAAUGAACAUAGAUGGAGUCAAUAGACUAGCCUGUACUCAUAAGAUCAAACUGAAAGGCACCACCAAGAUUUAUCCUCUUCCGCACAUGUACGUUAUCAAAGAUCUGGUAGUUGACUUUUCCAAAUUCAUCGAGCAACACAAGAGAAUCAUGCCGUAUCUCAUUCGAGAAAAAGCACAUGCAGAGGGCAAGGACCAGUGUCUCCAGAGUAUCAAAGAUAGAGAUUCAUUGAUAGGCUACGUAGAGUGUAUUCUCUGCGCAUGCUGUUCAACUUCCUGUCCGGAAUAUUGGUGGCAUGGCCAUACGAAGGCUCCCAACGACUUCUUGGGACCAGCAGCCUUAUUGAACGCCUACAGAUGGAUCAAAGAUACCAGAGAUGAGGGCACCAAGCUGAGAUUGUCGAAGUUGACGAACUAUUACAACCUUUACAGAUGCCACCAGAUCAACAACUGCACCAAGUGUUGUCCCAAAAGACUGGCUCCGGGCAAAGCCAUAGCAGAUCUCAGACUCCUUGUGGCUAAUUUCAAGAAGAAGAAAAAGGGAGACCUAGAAGGAAACCUUCCUUCUGAUCCGCACAAAGCUUGUGAGCCGAAAGAAGACUGCUAGAACACGAGUUCAUUUCUAUUUAUUCCAAAGAAUAUACAAUAUUAGGAAUGCGGCUGUUUUUGUUCUAAAGCUUUCACGGAAUUUUCUCCGAUUGCGUCCUUGAAGGUCGACUCAAGGUCUAGAUAUUUGUUGAAUUCGCACCAGUCUAUGAGGAUCCCUGCUUGCGGCUCUUGCUCUGAUCCCCACCACAAAUCAUU